AACUAGCCCACGCGCGAUGAAGUUGUGAUCUGCUCUGCCUCCGUCGUAAACAUUCCGCUGCAUCGCAUUGGACAUUUGCGUGUGAGCCUCCGCCCCGUCCGGCCGAACUUGUUGUGCUUGGACCGCGUCUGCCGCCUCUCGCCGUAGCCCCCAGCCCCCCCGCGCCCACCGCUACUCAGCGCCGUGGCUUCAGACGACGACUCAAUCCACACCACCCCUUCCCUCCGCGGCCUCGUGCCUCUCUUCAAGCUCGACGUUGACUCGCACCUGCACCUCGACUCCGCGCACGACCACCACGAGCAGGAGCGCAGCCUUGAGCCUUCCUCAGCCCAAGCCGCUGAGAGCCCGCCGCCCUUCUCCUCGCACGGCUUCCCAGCGCAAUACUUCCCAGAGCCGUCGCCCGAAGAGCCAUACCCGCUCACCACUGCGUGCGCGGCAGCCGGGCUCACUGCCACAGCGCCAGCCGGUCCAGCUCCGCCGUUCCCAUUCGAAGAGACCGAGGGACACGCCGCAGCAUCCACUGUCGUUGCAGAUACCAAGGCUGCGCUUCCUCGUGACACCAAAGACGGUAGAUCCAGCAAAGAUCUCGACGACGGAGAACCGCCACCGCCAUACACCGAAGGCUCAAGUCCGCUCGAGGGCUUCACAUACGUCAUGGCCGCAGCAGGAGGAGCAGCGAGUAUCAUCACACAGGUCCAGCAGGGAGGGCCGGCGCCGAUCAAUACAGCGCUGGGCGGAGGUUCAGAUGAGAACAUUACUCUCGAGCUCCGCGGCACUCGUUUCACGCUCUCCAGAGAUGAACUCUUGACCCUGCCAGAAUUCGUUCUGCUCUCUCUGUUCCCAAAUGGUUUGCUGCCUGAUGGACAUAUGAACAGCUACCAUGACGGCGACGUCUACCCAGUCGACUACGACCCACUCUCCCUGCAAUAUAUGCUCGAGUUCUUCCGAAAUGUUGCACAAACCAUUCCCAACACAUCCGAGGAAUCACAAGGGCAAUCAAGCGACCCACUUGCACCUAACACUAUGCCAAUUGAGCCAAUGGCCGGCAAUGCUCGCGACAUGCUACAAGACCGCGCUGGUAUCAUUGUUCUACGAGAAGAUCUUGACUUCUAUGCCAUUCCGCCUCGCAAGGAUAUCGAACAAAUGGAGAUGAUCAGCAUCAAGCGUGCGGCAAGCAGGGCUCUUCUCAAGCAAGACGGCAUUUUCUCUGGCCUGAGGAAGAGCGAAGAGCCAGGCACAACAGAGCAACAUCUCAUCGAAAUGCUGACAGCUGGCGGCUUCAAUCACGACGAUACAUGGGGCCAUCGGGCAGCCGAGCCACAAAAAGCUGUGAUCUGUUCGAUCGCACUUGCACGUCUCCGCACAGACAUCAAAGGCGACUCUGCCGGUGCUGCGAACGCUGUUGGCAUGGCACAGAAGCUUCUACUGUUCUGGCGAAAGCCAGCGAGAAGAUGUUGGUGGGAGGGUGUUGAGCUUGACAACGUUGAAGGUGUUGAAGGCAAGCUCAAGGUUUGGAUUAGGCGAGUGUGGACGUUGGAGAUGAGCGUGAUAGGACUGCGCUGAUUUCGCCGACUGACCCGACUCACAUUACCCGUGUAACCUUACAAUUCCCUGAAGGUUCCGACCUCACCCACAAAAGCAUGCACGCGAGGACGAUGCUUACAAACAACUCGAUACCCUGUGGCGGCAACGAACGCCCAAAUUUUCUUUUUGACCACGAUGCAUCACGAGCGAGCGGGCGCAAUCGGAAGAAGCAUUGUGUUGGUGGAACAGUCCUUGGAGCUCAUUGUAUGGCAUUAGCGAACGAAGCGAAGAAGUAUGUUGUCCAUUUAGUUGUAACAGACAGACCAGAUUACAAACCUGUAGAAACAGUAGCGAUGACAUCAAGAGCAAAAGUUUGAC